UUUGUCGCGCGGUUCGACGAGACGAGCGAACAAUCGUGGAGUUGUGCGGCGUUUUGUUCUCGAAUGUCGGAUAUACUCGCGGGUCGGUCUGCUUCUUCGUUGCUACGCGGAUUUCCUGCACUCUGACGCGGGAUACCUUCGGCGUUCCGAAGUGACACGGAGCUGCGAGUCGUCGCACGAUGGCAUCCAACGAGGAUGGCGAUCUGAUAGAUCUUGGCAAUGAUACCUGUGUGUCACGCGUUACCGUGAACGACCCGACACCCGAAGAACAAGAACAUUUGCUCGAUGUGUGUCCACCGAAACUGGAACAAAAACUCUCGCUCACGAAGCUACAGGAACGAGUGCUUGAAGGUAGCGAUAAGGGGGACAUCUUGGUGACCUUGGGCCACGAUCAAGUGGUGCCAGUCCGCAAGAGAAUCGACGUGGUCUCGUCAGAUACGAUCAAGCGAGUUCGCGAUAUUACCCGGAACUUGGAGCCGGUGAUACGUAGAACUUGUUCGAAUAUUAAUGAGGAGACGCAACAGGACACAGUGGACAAUACAACAUCGUCGGAUUACGAGAGGAAGAGAAAUUUGACGGCGAGAUGCGAAGAUGAAACGUACGAGGCUCGAGAGAUAAAUAACGCUUUCAACUUUCUCGCCGAGCACGACGACAACGAGGAUCAAACGGGAACAAACUUUGGCCGGCUGAGGAACGAGAUCAAUACUGAUCGCGCCGUACCUUCGACGCGCCCCUUCAUUGAUGAGGACACGGUUGAUUAUCCCUUCGAGUUGUUAUCCAAAACUUCGAACGACGAAGCGGCUGGAAACGACAUGGACCAGGGGAAAGACGUCACAAAAGAAAAGAAUGAUCAAUUGGACAAACUGGCCUUCGAAUCUCCGAGUGAGUUUCGCCAGAACAAUCAGGUCAGCAAGAAAUCCAUAUCUAUCGAUACGGAGACUCGCACGAGAGUCGGUCUCAAGAGACGCGGUCAGGAAGACGUUGCAUUCGAACGCGUAACCAAAAGGCAUUCCUCACGAGAUAAAUCGCACCGUAAAUCGUGGACGGAAGGAACGAGCUUAAAUUCUUCUCUUACGAAUGGGCUUCCCAGAAUUGAUCGAUCCACCAGCCUGGAAGAGUAUCGCUGUGUACCGUCCAUCUCCGAUGCGGAUCGUGAAAUACCCGACUUUCUCACGAGGUCUGCACCGGAAACGAAGGUAGUGACGAUGACAACCGGCGCCGAGGAUGCCUAUUCCGAAGGUUCCGAGGUGGAUUGGUCGUGGCUCGAAGAAAUGGAGUAUUCGCGGGCCGUGGACACGCUCGCGGUUGCCGAUGUCGAACACGGCGAGCAAAGGGGGAGAAGUGUUUCCCCUACCAGCGGGACCGCAGGGCGCAAGCGCGCUUGCGACCGUCGAGAGACAGCAUCUCGCAGUGUCGCGAUGUCCGUCACCGCAGCGGCAAAGUCCCUAGCUGUCGGUGGUUCACAGUGGUCACCCCCCGGUGGCGCGCUUCUCCUCGAUCAUCAAAAUAACAACAGCGUCGAUCGUUAUAACGGCGCUCAUCAUCGCCGGUGUCAGGACGGCGAUAACAGUAACGAUGAUGGAGAUAACAACCACGACGACGACGACGACGACGACGACGACGACGAUGACGCGCGUUGCAACGCUACGAACGAAGCGGUCGAUCGUGAAAAUCGCGACACUGCAACGACAACCGGCGUCGUCGGUGCCUCCGUCGCCGUCGCGAAUUCGUGGAUGCGCGCGUCCAUGCGGCGAUUGCGUCAUCUGCGCCUACCGGACGGUACACAACGCGCUGUCGCCGUGGAUAACGGUAACGAAUCGGCCAAUCGGCUCUCGGCCGUCUCGGCGCCGAAUUCGUUGCCGGAUAUCGCGCUGAUCGCACCAGAGAUCCUUGCGGCGCACACCAACGGUACUUCCGGCACUCUGCUGCGACCUUCGAGCGCGCCCGCAAGAAACGUCACUGCGGCCGCCUCCGUCGCCGCGACACCGCGUCGAGCCGGCCGGCAACUCGCCGGCGGCAGAUCACGAGGUUCACGGAAUCGAGAUCGAGAAACGUCCUCGAGGCAGGGUAGCCUCGGCUCCACCACGACGGCUAGCGACACCAUUGUGUCCGGCACGACGACCUGCUCCAGUUCGUUCGGCGCGGUUUCCACCAGUCCACCUUCCAGCACGGCAACCAGCCCACAGCGUACCACUUCGAGAAGGAUAUGCGAAAGACAAAGAGACGUCGAUAGACGCAACGAAGAUGACGACGAGGAUGAGAAUUCAUUGGGAAGAUGGCCUCAUGCCCUUAGCCCGGCUCUCGCCUGUCUCGGUUGUACUCUGGGACUUUUUAAUAUCAGUAGAUUCGCCAUUCUUAGUAUACAGUUCGGAGCAAACUUCAUUGUACAGUUCCUGAUUUUAUCUCUCAUACUGGGUAUCCCGUUAUUAACGUUACACGUGUGCCUCGGACAAAGACUGGCGGCUGGUUCUGUGGAUAUGUGGAGGAUUUCGCCGAUUUUUCAAGGUGUCGGAAUAGCUCUGCUCGCUGCGCAAGCUCUCAUCGGUAUCUACAGUAUAGUCGGUGUAUCAUGGAUGUUUGUGUACUUCAGAGAUUCGUUCAUAACGAAGCAGGACAAGUAUCGAUGGGCAGAACCGUUUCUUCUUUACCGAGAAGACAGCCGUCCCACGCACAACACCACUACUUCGUACAAAUUGCAUGAAACUGUUCCGGAUUAUUUUAGCGGUGCUGUGCUACAGAGACACCAUUUGAACGACACUGAUCCUGGUGUAGUAACACUGAAGUUCCAAGUGGCCUUCAACUUAGCAGUUGUAUGGAUGAUCGUGUUUGUUUCAUUGAGCAAAGGUCUAAGGUCCUAUGGAAAAGUGGUGUACGUGUUCACAUUAGUGCCCGUGGUCGGGACGCUGGUUCUCUGCGCGAAGCUGCUGGGCCUCAACGCGACCGGUUCAAUACAACACCAACUUUUCCCUGCCACUGUCUGGAGCGAAUUCUUCAUCAACGGGAAGUCAUGGGUGGCUGCCUCGAACGAGGUCUUCCUCACAUGGGGUUUACUUGGUGCGGCGGCUAUGCAGAUAGCGGCUCAUAACAAGCACAAGCAUCUCCUGCAGCGAGAUACGAGCCUCGUGGUGGUCUUGACGUUUGCCGUUCUCCUUCUCGCAGCAUUCUUAGCGAACACUUGUGUACAGAUUCUCAACCAUCACGGCUACAUUUACACUACCAGUUCGUUCGAGAGGAUAUCAGGGUAUACGUUUAUGAGGUUUGCCAAUCAACAAGCACCGCCGGAAUACAGCACCACACCGGAGAGAUUCAUGUCCCACGCGUCUUUUCUUCUUGGUCAACGCGUGAUCCGACCUAACACGGACGUGAGCACUGAGUCGGGAUACCAGGUGUUAAGGCUAUGCACUGAAUUGGUACCUGCGACGUUGGCAAUGUUAGGUACAGAACAAGUAUCACCGUUCUGGGCGGUCCUGUUUUACUUCAUCAUCAUCUUAUUUGGAAUCGCGCAGCAGUUGGCUAUUUGGCAUUGUGUAAUAACUGGCAUAAUGGCCAUCAAUACGAAGAUGAUGAAACUUUGGGAGACGACCAUCACAUUCUUCAGCUGCGCUUGUGCCUACAUACUCGGAUUGCCUAUGGCUACGGAGCUGGGUAUUUAUGUCGUCUACUAUCUUGAUUACACUGUCGGUGGUGCAUGGUGGAUAAUUAUCCUAUAUUUAAUGCAAGUCGGCGCCGUGUUCGCGGUUCGUGGACGUCCACAUACCGGAGAAGCAGUCGUGGCCGAAUUAUUUCCACCGACAGGACGAUGCCUCAGAUACUGGGCCGGUCCUCUGUUAUCCUUUACGUGGAACGUCAUUCUCCCUGUGGCUUUACUGGUCCUCACUAUUACAAUAUUCAAAAGUGGCGGCUUCCGGGACCUCUAUUAUUAUCGUCGUGCGAGCAAAGAAUACUGGGCCGUGUGGGCAAGGCAACUCGGCACUGCAAUUCAGUUGAUACCAAUACUAACAGUACCGGCAGUGGGUAUCAUACAGACGUGUCGAUAUUUGAACAAAGGACCACCUGAUAUAUUUGACAAUGAACAGGUGGAGGUAACAGUAAAUCACUGCGAACAAUGUAAUGGCAGGAUUCAGCUGCUCUAUCGGCCACCAUUGGAGCCAGACGACGCUCGCGACGCGCACACCCAGAUCGGCAGCGAUACCGGCACCAGCUUACACGGCAACGGGAUUUUGCCCGCCGCGACGACGGACAUACCCUUCGAGGAUCCGCCGCCUAAAUAUACGCCGCCACCGAGCUACACCACGGCAACCGGCGCAAGAAUUGCGAAGAUGUUGCGGCAGAGUUUCCGGCGCAGUGUGCGCAGGAUCGCGAAUGUCCUAGGCGAGAGUAGCGUGACGUCGAGACAGAGACCGGCGUUACAGCCACCGCCUCCGGAUUAUGCGACCGUAUUGGUGGAAAUGAACCAGCAAAGUGGUAACGAUGGCGGCGGUAGCAUACCAACGUCGCACGACAUCGCGAUCCACAUGACCGAGCCGCGACCGGACGUGACCAAUACCGGGAAUUGCCGUAGCUAUCAGAAUAGCGAUGUGCCGGUCGAAUGGCACCGGCCGAACACCAUCGACCGUACCACCAGCAGGAUCGCUAUGGUGGAGAGACGUGCGAUCGAGCGCACCCAUUCGACGCUCGACCGCGGUCGCAGGUCGUACGUGAACACCACCAGUAUGUCCAGUUCGAACCUGACCGCCGCCGACGUGGCGAACUUGCUACGCAGCAGCAUUCGCCGGGGCACAGCGCGGACCCAGCAGUCCCUGCGCCGCAGUUUCUGCCAUGAGGAGCCGACGGCGGCGGCGUCCGUCGAGAAUCUAGUCGAAGCCGCUGCGCCUAUCGGCGAAGACUCUUUGGUCCUAACGAAGGACGCGUCUCUAGUCUCUGACGAGCAACAGGUCGACGAUCGCCGCAACGAUGAUGAUUGCGGUAAUAGCAAUGGCGGUGGCGGUGACGGUGACGAGAAAAAGACUGCGGGCGAAAUGGAGAGCUCCGUUUCUGUGAUAUAGUAGAUUGGUCGGUAUGCGUCCGGUUGCGUCGAUAUGUCGCGCGCGAUAUUAUCGUUGCCUCUCGCUGCAUCUCGAUUUUUUCAAACAGCCGACUCGAAUUAAUCGGCGAGUCGUCCUCUCUUGGAUUGCAAUGUCUCGUCUCCGUGAUGUUAUAUAACGAAGAGAGAGGGAAUAGAAAUUUCGUUAACUGGAGUCUCUUUGACUGAUCGGAUAUCGGACGUAACUGGCCGACAGUCUCCAGUGCUUGAUACCCCUCGAGAUUAAAAAAAAAACACUGACAUUUCUUUCCCCGUGCCUGAAUAAUUAUGUACGCCUGUUACUUCGAAGGGUUCUCUUUUUUGUGUUCUUGCGAUAUUUAUAUCUUGAUACAUAUAUAUAAGUAUAUUAACUUCGUUAACAGUCUAACAGUCUAAAGAAAAUAAAAAAUAAACUUUCAUAAGUAGUCGAAUAAGAAGUAAUCAAACUUCUGGCCACGAUUCUCAGCAUUGGUGCAUUGGUUUGAUGAAGUUAGACGUAACGGAAAUAAUGAACGGAAAUAAUGAUGAUUUCUUAAUCAGGACGCAUAUUCGAUGUCGAAAGCAACGAAUACAAUUCGAAUUCUACGACAGGUAUCAUUUUUAUGUCGGACGAAUAAAAUUCGGAAUCGAAAUUAUAAUUUUAAAUAAUAAUGUAAAUAGAUGUGUGUGCGUGUGUGUCCUUUUUGAUAAAUCAGCGAAAAAGAGAAGGGGGAAGGCGAGAGAGUGUGAGAGAAAAAUUGCUGUUAUUAACAAAAUAUACAGUAUUAUUUAACGAUGGUGUUGCGAAAUGUACGACAUCAUAAAAUCUCCUAACAUUACUUUUCUUCUAGUGAUCACAUGGAAGAAGUGACUGAAGGGCGAACUAAACGGUCUAAGAAAGUAUUUCGUCAAUUUAGCUCUCGUCUUCGGCUAAAAACUUAAGUUAGGUUUCCUAAGUGUGUUCGAGAACAUUUAGUUGUAACAUGCUUAAAACCAAUCCGCACCGAUUACCAUACUUUUAUUGGUGAUUCCGCGAACGAUAUAUCUGCGUGUGUGAAUAAAAUAUAGCUUUGUGUACUUGUCCCCUUUGAGAUUAGUUUAUCCUGUAAAUACACAUAAUACUUUAACAAAUUAAGAGGACACACCUAGGCGGCUUAGAAAAGUCAAUGUCUUUUAACAUAUUCGAAAAGUGCGAUGUUUCAAAGAUAACUUCCUAAAAUUAAGGUAAGUAUAAGGAAAAUAAGAAUUGGUUUUUUUAUACUAUAUGACAUAAUAAAAGAAAGAAAUAAACCUGAAAAAACAAAUUUCGCUAUGAAUUGAUGUACAAAUAUUAAAUUUUCUAGAAGUAAUAUAAAAUCAACAUACUAAACAGCAAAAUCAUGAAAAAUGCAGUAUAACAAAAAAAUAUAAAUGUUAAAAUUUUAGAUAUUAAUAUGUACAAAAAUUCAGCUUUAUUAAAUUUAAGAAAUUAUUCCUGAAACAUUGUACUUCUAAAAAAUUUUAAAAGAGGUAGUCUGUUUUAUGUGCCCUCAUUAAAAUACGUCAUACAAGUCGAUUGCCUCUAUUCGCUAAGUAUCUCGUUUAUUAGUCAAUAACGCUCAUCUCACUAUAAUUUGAGUGUGUACAAUCCGUCCAAUGUAUCUAUAAUAUCUCUGUAUUUCAAUAUUGAUAGACAUUACAUUGUCGCAAUUAUAUAGAUUGAUUUACGUAAUACUUUCACGAUUAGAAGCGAUCGAGCAUUCCGUGGGUACUACAAUAGAAGAAAAUGAUGCACAUUGUCUGUGUUCGUAUAAAUCUACCGUGUCUAGCGUAAAUAUUCAGAUAAUUCUUUGUAAAAUAAAUGUAACUGCUAUACCUGAUAUUAUGGACCAUAAUAAAGUUUUUAUGUUCUUGUAAACA